AUGAUCGGAGUUAGAUCAAAUACAUUUAAUGAUAAUUCUGGAGAACCAGAACAAGAUGCUAAUUCCGCCUUGACAGAGCUGGAUAAAGGUCUACGAUCUGGAAAAGUAGGCGAACAAUGUGAAGCAAUCGUUCGUUUCCCUCGUUUGUUCGAAAAAUAUCCAUUUCCUAUUCUUAUUAAUUCAUCCUUUUUGAAAUUAGCAGAUGUUUUUCGUAUGGGUAACAACUUUUUAAGACUUUGGGUUUUGCGCGUCUGCCAACAAAGCGAGAAGCAUUUAGACAAGAUUUUAAACGUAGAUGAGUUUUUACGUAGGGUUUUUAGUGUUCUACAUUCAAACGACCCUGUAGCAAGAGCUUUGGCACUUAGGACCUUGGGUGCUGUUGCUGGUAUUAUCCCAGAGAGGCAAAAUGUACACCACGCGAUACGAAGAGGACUUGAGAGCCAUGAUAAUGUUGAAGUUGAUGCUGCAAUAUAUGCAACAACAAGAUUUGCCGCACAUUCAAAUGCCUUUGCAGUAGCAAUGUGCAACAAACUGUCCGAUAUGGUGGAAUGUGAGAGUACAGCAGCAGAGAGAAGGGCAAAGCUUGUUAGAGCCCUAAGAACUGUACAUGGAGGCGCUGUGAGAGCUCAAGGCGUCUUAAAGUUGCUGCGAUCUUUGCUGGAAAAGUUUCCUUCAUCAAGUUCUGUCAGAGCAGCCAUUACAGCUCUGACAGCUAUUGCAGCUGACACUGUUGUGCAUGUCCCUGAUCAGGUGGAACUUCUACUAAGCAUAGCUAUGAAAGAUGCCCGUUCAGCGGUUAGGAGGGCUGCUCUCCUCGGGCUUAAGAAGUUGGCAGAGCAUGCUGCUUUGUGGCCCGCUGAAUGUAUCCAGCAUUUAGUGCGGGCCGCGAGUGACAGUCAGGAUGCAGAGCAUACUAUGCUGUGCUUACAAGUAAUGCAGAUGCUGGUGCGGUGCGGCGCUGUGUGCGCGGGCGCGGGCGCGGGCACGCUGCGCAGCUACUGCUUCGACGCCACGCUCAGCGCAGACCUGCGGCAUGCCGCCACCGCAGCGGACGUCCUCACCCGCGUUGUCGUGCACUGCUAUGAGGAGAGUCUUCCAGUUGAAGGUGCUGAUUUAAUGCUAGCUUUGGAAUCACUGGUCAUUGCCACCGGUCAAGCCUCGGGUCACAUAAAGCCACUACGGAUUGCUUUAAGGUGUUUGGUGCAACUGAGUACCGCGGAGCCGAGCCUAUACGCGGAGCGCACGGCGGGCACGCUGGGCGGGCAGCUGGAGGCGGCUGCACGAAGCGGCGCGAGCGGCGAGCGCGUGGCCGCGCUGUUGGAGGCGCUUGCGGCGCUGGGCGGCUCGCCCGCCUGCACGCGCAGCCUACCGCCCGCGCUACCCGCGCUGCAUGCGCUGCUCGCCCGCAGGUACUCUGCUACAUAUACAUCUAUGUCUGCGCUGCUGGAGGCGCUGGCGGCGCUGGGCGGCUCGCUCGACUGCACGCGCAGCCUGCCGCCCGCGCUACCCGCGCUACAUGCGCUGCUCGCCCGAAGGUACUCUGCUACAUAUACAUCUAUGUCUGCGCUGCUGGAGGCGCUUGCGGCGCUGGGCGGCUCGUCCGACUGCACGCGCAGCCUGCCGCUCGCGCUACCCGCGCUACAUGCGCUGCUCGCCCGCAGUUACUCUGCUACAUAUACAUCUAUGUCUGCGCUGCUGGAGACGCUGGCGGCGCUGGGCGGCGCGCCCGACUGCACGCGCAGCCUGCCGCCCGCGCUACCCGCGCUACAUGCGCUGCUCGCCCGCAGGUACUCUGCUACAUAUACAUCUAUGUCUGCGCUGCUGGAGGCGCUGGCGGCGCUGGGCGGCUCGCCCGACUGCACGCGCAGCCUGCCGCCCGCGCUACCCGCGCUACAUGCGCUGCUCGCCCGAAGGUACUCUGCUACAUAUACAUCUAUGUCUGCGCUGCUGGAGACGCUGGCGGCGCUGGGCGGCGCCUCCGACUGCACGCGCAGCCUGCCGCCCGCGCUACCCGCGCUACAUGCGCUGCUCGCCCGCAGGUACUCUGCUACAUAUACAUCUAUGUCUGCGCUGCUGGAGACGCUGGCGGCGCUGGGCGGCGCGCCCGACUGCACGCGCAGCCUGCCGCCCGCGCUACCCGCGCUACAUGCGCUGCUCGCCCGCAGGUACUCUGCUACAUAUACAUCUAUGUCUGCGCUGCUGGAGGCGCUGGCGGCGCUGGGCGGCUCGCCCGACUGCACGCGCAGCCUGCCGCCCGCGCUACCCGCGCUACAUGCGCUGCUCGCCCGAAGGUACUCUGCUACAUAUACAUCUAUGUCUGCGCUGCUGGAGACGCUGGCGGCGCUGGGCGGCGCCUCCGACUGCACGCGCAGCCUGCCGCCCGCGCUACCCGCGCUACAUGCGCUGCUCGCCCGCAGGUACUCUGCUACAUAUACAUCUAUGUCUGCGCUGCUGGAGGCGCUUGCGGCGCUGGGCGGCUCGCCCGACUGCACGCGCAGCCUGCCUUUCGCGCUACCCGCGCUACAUGCGCUGCUCGCCCGCAGGUACUCUGCUACAUAUACAUCUAUGUCUGCGCUGCUGGAGACGCUGGCGGCGCUGGGCGGCGCGCCCGACUGCACGCGCAGCCUGCCGCCCACGCUACCCGCGGUAUAUGCGCUGCUCGCCCGCAGGACCAUAUCAUCAGAAGACGGUUCCGAUGACGGCACGACUCUAGUUCUUCUUUGUACGGUGCUUUUUCAAGAGCGCGCGGCCGCAAAACUAAACUUUCGCAUAAACAACUCCUGGGAAGACAAAAUACUGCAAUCUGUGAUCGAUGUCGAUGGCUGGACGCGGUACAGAGUCGCUAGAGCUGCGCUCAGGUACGGCCAUCACAACUUGGCCGCAAAUAUCUUAAAGCGUCUAUCUGAAGAAGCUCCAAGCGAAGCUGCACAACGCUGGCUCACAGCGCUGUACCGCGCUGCUUCUGCAGACGCUAGAUUAUUAGUGGAAGGCAUAUCAGGCGUGGAGGUAUGCAGCGGGCUGUGGGAGGCGUGCGGGGACGCGGGCGGUGCGGGCGGCGGGGCGGGCGGCGCGUGUGCGGCUGGCUGCGGUGGCUGCGGCGCCUGUACGCCGCUCGCCGCUGCCUGGAUGAGCGCGCGCGCCGCCGCGCUCGCCGCGCUUGCGCAGGCCGCUGCCGCCGCGCGUGCGCUCUGCACUCAGCCACCGCCUGCCGUCGCGCAGGCUGAGAUGGCGCUAAUUUUCUCAAUAGCGCGUCCGGGCAUGGGAAGAUUGGCACCACCGAUGCGACAAACUACCAAAGCAGUGCCAAAAAGUAUCGAGUCCGUAUCGCAGAGGUCUUGUCAAGUUGUAUUUAGAAGCAUAAGGCGAGCACUAAUUUAUUAUGUUUGCAUGUGUGGGUGUGCGCGUGCAGGCGGCGCGGACAGCGUGUGGGCGCGUGGGUGCGGCGGCGGGCGCGCUGCGGCGUGCGGCGCGGAGCCUCGCAGCCGUGGCGCGCCGCUACGAGCACAUCGCACGUACCGCCUUCCACGCGGACCGUUCCACGCUCGCGCACCUCCACAUGAAAUGCCCGCGGAGUUAUUCACUAAGGAGCUAAAAGCGACCACACUAGAAGAACUGAUAGCUCUUACACCAUCCGUGGAACUCUCCAAGAUAUCUACGAAACUUUUUGACAAUCCUACUACUAAUCCCGGAAUUACCCAUAGACACAUGGAGGCGGUGCUGCUCGCGGUGAAGGCGUGCAGCGGCGGUGCGGUGUGGCCACGCGGCGUGUGCGAGGCGCGUGGCGGUGCCGCGCUGUGCCGCGUGUCGCUGGCGCCGGGCUGGCGCGCGCCGGGCGCCGAGCACGCCGCCACGCUGCCGCUCGCGCACCGCCUCGCGCUGCGUCUCGAGGGCGUGGUGCUGCCGCCGCCGCGCAGUAAAAGGCAACCACCGCGACAAGUAAAAGGAGUCCAAAUCACAGUUACGGUCACACCACAUCCACGGACCAUCGAAAAGACGGUGGAGCUGGGGAACGUGCCGGCCGUGCUGCGCGCGGUGCAAACGGUGGCGCCGCUGCGCGACUUCUUCUCGGCGCAGCAGCUGGUGGCGGUGGCCGCGCCCGGCCUCUACACCGUGGCCGUGGACGCCGCCUUCGUGGACCAGCACGGCCAACUCUGGAACACCGGCCCGCGCACCUCCAUCGUCAUCAAGGCGCACGAGGAUCCUGGCAGCAAGGGCAACUCGCAGGCAUCCAGGAGCAGAUUUUAA